AAGAGCGCUGUCAAAGCAGCGAGCAAAAUACCGAAAAAUCAUCGUCAUCGUCGUCGCGCUUUGUUGCCGAAGCCCAAAAAACAGACCAAACCGUUCCGCCGGGGGUUGUGCCGUAAUUCUGCCUACAGUUUCGUGAAUAUUGCAUCCAUCGUUUGAACGGGAAACUCCACGACCUACUGCAGUUGCAUCUGUGCCGAAUUGUAGCUACAGAAAUGGCGGUAAAAGCCAUCAACGACGAGGGACACUUCCAGGCCGAGCUGUCGGCCGCUGGUGGUAAGCUGGUGGUGGUCGAUUUCACAGCGACCUGGUGCGGCCCGUGCCGCAACAUUGCACCGCUGUUCGAGCAGCUACCGACCAAGUACCCGAAAGCCGUGUUCCUUAAGGUGGACGUAGACAAAUGUGCCGAAACAGCCGCCACGCAGGGUGUUUCCGCGAUGCCAACCUUCAUCUUCUACCGUGCCAGGACAAAGAUCGACCGACUACAGGGUGCAGAUAUUAACGGGCUAGAGGCAAAGAUACAGAAACACUACGCGACCAGCGCAGACGAGUCCGGCGAGGACUAUGGGCAGGGAAUGCUCGAUCUGAACACCUUCAUCCAGAAGAACCAGUGCGAGUGCCUAAACGAGGCGGACGACCAUCCGUGGACGAAUGCGCUCACCUCGUCCGGCGGCCACCUGGCGUCCGACUGUGACGAGCAGCUGAUCAUCUCGAUCACGUUCAAUCAGGUGGUGAAGCUGCACUCGCUGAAAAUCAAGGCGCCGCCAACGCACGGGCCCAAGCACGUGAAGCUGUUCAUCAACCAGCCGCGCACGCUCGACUUCGACAUGGCCGACUCGUACGUGUCGGUGCAGGACCUGGAGAUCGACCCGAAGGACCUGGAGACGGGCAACCCGACCAAGCUGCGGUUCGUCAAGUUCCAGAACGUGCAGAACAUACAGCUGUUCGUGAAGGACAAUCAGUCGGGCGGCGAGACGACGAUCAUUGACCAUCUGGCCUUCAUCGGGCAGCCGAUCGCGACGACGAAGAUGGACGAUUUCCAGCGCGUGGCCGGCAAGAAGGGCGAAAGUCACUGAGUUCCCGGGGGCAGACAGCGAAAUGGGUGGCGCUCGCUCGUUCGAUCGACGGGCGCAGAUGUUGAGCAACGGAUGGUGGUAUCGAUCGUCAGCAAAAACGUUGACGACAGACUUGUUUGCAAUCCCUUUUUUCUCAUGAAUCGGAAGUAUGAUUUAAUAAUAAAAAAACAAUAACACAAAUCUA